AUGAUGACGAUGAAUGAAUUUGUGGACCUGCGUAUGCAACAGCAAAUCGCACAUGAAAUCUAUCGCCAGCAAAUUAUGCAACGUAUUCCAGAUCCUUUUCCACCUAUGCUACCCAUACCGAUACCUGGACACGUGAUAAUGCCACCCAGAAUCUCUUUACCAGAUGCAGAGGUAAAAUUACAAAACGAUCAGCUGUGGAAACAGUUUCAUCAAAUUGGCACCGAAAUGAUCAUAACAAAAAGUGGCAGACGAAUGUUUCCUUCAAUGCGUCUUUCGCUUUCCGGCCUGGAGGAUGAAUCUAAUUACUGUGUUUUGUUGGAGAUGGUGCCAGUAGGUGAUUGCCGUUAUAAAUUCUCCGGUUCGCAAUGGAUGCCUGCCGGCGGUGCGGAACCACAAAGUCCACAAAGAAUGUAUUUGCAUCCGGAUAGCCCAGCGUCUGGGGCCCAUUGGCAGGCGCAACCUAUACUAUUUAAUAAAGUUAAGCUCACCAAUAACACACUGGAUAGUAAUGGACACAUUGUUUUAGCCAGCAUGCAUAAGUAUCAACCACGAAUUCACGUGAUACGGACUGCAGAUCUAACGCAAAUACCCUGGGCUCCUCAGCAAGCCUUCAUAUUCCCGGAAACGGAAUUUGUCGCCGUAACAGCUUAUCAGAAUGAUCGCAUCACUAAAUUGAAGAUAGACAAUAAUCCGUUCGCGAAGGGCUUUCGCGAAACUGGCCAAUCUCGUAGCAAACGUAAAAUGUCUUCAUCGCCAUCCGAUGAGGAUUCCGAGCAACUGCAACCACAACAACCACCCGGGCGCCAAUACGGCAUAAGACCAAUACAAACGCAACCUCAAACACAUUCCCACAAUCAGCGCAACGUUGUGUCGCCAACCAUUUCAGCCUUGCCGCUGACCAGCGAGUCGGGAUCAUCAAUUUGUUCAGAUAAGACGACAAUUCCGAACAACGGCGAAAAUGACUUCGUGGACGUUGACAAUGUUGCGGAUGCCGACAUCGAUGGUGGCGAACCACAAGUAAAGCGCUUGAGAUCAAAUAAGUUAGCCGGUGCGAUAGCAUCGACAGCGCUCGAAGAGAUGAUCAUUAAUGCGCAUGCGAAUAGCGAACGUGAACCUUUUACCGUCGUUGCUGAGGAGACCAGUUUACAGCAAGCAUUACCAACACAACUACCGGAUAACACUGUCGCGUCUACAUUCGACAAUGGUGGUCAAUCGUCAUUUAUUUUCCAUCAUUUGCAGCAAAACAUGCAAACAAUGCUGCGACCUUCAUUGGUCGAUUUAGCUUACACCUACUUUGGCCGAUCUCAGCCCAUUUACGUUCAACAUAUGCACCCACCUCAUACAACAAUCGGCGAUCAAACCCUAUCCAUCCCGAUGCCACCAGCAGCCGAGGGCCCACAUAUGGAGCGUAUCGAUUCAUUGAUACCCAGUGGUACUAACGAAAUGUUAUGUCGCUCGCUAGUGCCCGACGAAGAGAACGUCCUUGUGGGAACCGUUGACAGCGACGAAGCUAAAAAGAAUGCUACUUUAAUAUCGAAUGAUACACAGAUACUGCAGUUGGAGAGCUUAAUGGGUCAUUCGCGACCAAAAAGAAAAGGUUUUAGCAUUUCCGCUAUUUUGGAAGGCAGCAGCUAGCAUGUACAAACAUAAGUACAUACAACACAAAAGUUGCUAGAAUAUUAAAAACUCACGUUUGUAACUGUGUAAUUGCACAUGUUGCUACAA